AUGCACAUCCAGCUUGAGGUCGUUCUACAGCAGACGGAGAUGGUUCUGGUUAGUAACCACAAGAAGGUGCAGCAGGCCCAUACAAGUGGGGAACACGUAGUGCACUCGAAGAGAGCGCUCAAGUACCUCGGGGUGAUGGUGGAUGACCGGCUGAACUUCAACAGCCACGUCGAUUACGCCUGCGAGAGGGCGGCUAAGGCGAUCAUGGCACUGUCGAGGAUUAUGCCGAACAACGCUGGACCCAGGAGCAGUAGGCGCCGCCUCUUGGCAAGUGUCGCGACGUCCAUACUUAGGUACGGCGGACCGGUAUGGUGGACGGCGCUGGGGACGAAGCGAAAUCGAGCGCUGCUCGACAGAACGCAGAGACUGAUGGCCAUGCGGGUUGCAAGCGCGUACAGGACCAUUUCGUCGGAAGCGGUUGGCGUUAUAGCCGGAAUGAUCCCCAUCGGCAUCACACUGGAGGAGGACACCGUGCGCUACACCCGGAGAGGCACGAGAGGUAUCCGGGAAGCUGCGAAAGCCGAAUCGCUGGCAAGGUGGCAACGUGAGUGGGACACCACGGAGAAAGGCAGAUGGACGCAUCGGCUUAUCCCGUCCGUAUCCACGUGGGUGAGCAGAAGGCAUGGAGAGGUCACCUUCCACCUCACACAGUUCCUGUCGGGCCAUGGCUGCUUCAGGAAGUACCUGCACAGGUUCGGACAUGCAGAGUCUCCGCUCUGUCCGGACUGCGUCGAUUGCGAGGAAACACCGGAGCACGUGGAAAAGGAAAAGGAAAAGGAAAAGGAAAAGGAAAAGGAAAAGGAAAAGGAAAAGGAAAAGGAAAAGGAAAAGGAAAAGGAAAAGGAAAAGGAAAAGGAAAAGGAAAAGGAAAAGGAAAAGGAAAAGGAAAAGGAAAAGGAAGGAAAAGGAAAAGGAAAAGGAAAAGGAAAAGGAAAAGGAAAAGGAAAAGGAAAAGAAAAGGAAAAGGAAAAGGAAAAGGAAAAGGAAAAGGAAAAGGAAAAGGAAAAGGAAAAGGAAAAGGAAAAGGAAAAGGAAAAGGAAAAGGAAAAGGAAAAGGAAAAGGAAAAGGAAAAGGAAAAGGAAAAGGAAAAGGAAAAGGAAAAGGAAAAGGAAAAGGAAAAGGAAAAGGAAAAGGAAAAGGAAAAGGAAAAGGAAAAGGAAAAGGAAAAGGAAAAGGAAAAGGAAAAGGAAAAGGAAAAGGAAAAGGAAAAGGAAAAGGAAAAGGAAAAGGAAAAGGAAAAGGAAAAGGAAAAGGAAAAGGAAAAGGAAAAGGAAAAGGAAAAGGAAAAGGAAAAGGAAAAGGAAAAGGAAAAGGAAAAGGAAAAGGAAAAGGAAAAGGAAAAGGAAAAGGAAAAGGAAAAGGAAAAGGAAAAGGAAAAGGAAAAGGAAAAGGAAAAGGAAAAGGAGGAAAAGGAAAAGGAAAAGGAAAAGGAAAAGGAAAAGGAAAAGGAAAAGGAAAAGGAAAAGGAAAAGGAAAAGGAAAAGGAAAAGGAAAAGGAAAAGGAAAAGGAAAAGGAAAAGGAAAAGGAAAAGGAAAAGGAAAAGGAAAAGGAAAAGGAAAAGGAAAAGGAAAAGGAAAAGGAAAAGGAAAAGGAAAAGGAAAAGGAAAAAAGGAAAGAAAAGGAAAAGGAAAAGGAAAAGGAAAAGGAAAAGGAAAAGGAAAAGGAAAAGGAAAAGGAAAAGGAAAAGGAAAAGGAAAAGGAAAAGGAAAAGGAAAAGGAAAAGGAAAAGGAAAAGGAAAAGGAAAAGGAAAAGGAAAAGGAAAAGGAAAAGGAAAAGGAAAAGGAAAAGGAAAAGGAAAAGGAAAAGGAAAAGGAAAAGGAAAAGGAAAAGGAAAAGGAAAAGGAAAAGGAAAAGGAAAAGGAAAAGGAAAAGGAAAAGGAAAAGGAAAAGGAAAAGGAAAAGGAAAAGGAAAAGGGGGAAAAGGAAAAGGAAAAGGAAAAGGAAAAGGAAAAGGAAAAGGAAAAGGAAAAGGAAAAGGAAAAGGAAAGGGAAAAGGAAAAGGAAAAGGAAAAGGAAGAGAAAAAGAAAGAAAAGAAUUAA